AUGUUCAGCUCAUCGUCAAAGUUCCAAAAACAACCCAAGGGUAAAAUGUGGAAAAGAUGGCAGUUAUUUCACGCUUCAGAUUUUCAGUCUUUGAUGUAUCCCUGCUUCAUCUUCUGCAGCAUUCUCGGAAUAUUUCCGUACAAGAUCAACGCUUCGUCCUUCGAGACUUCUAGACUGCGCUACAUUCUGCUGACCUUUCAUUUCUGUGUGUUCUGCAGUUAUGAUCUUAUAAUUCUCCAUAAAAUUAUCACCAAAACAAUUGAUUACGGAGAUGAAACCAAGACUCUUGAAGCUACCAGUUAUUAUAUUUUCGGCGGUUUCGUAGUAAUCAUUACGUAUAUUUUAAGCGGUCCUAGAAUGCGCGUACUACAGGCCAUGCUGAAGAUCUCUUCGAGACUCCCUCCAGAAUCGUAUCAGAAGCUGUCCAAGUGGAUCCACCUAAAGGACAUCUUAGGCACCUUCUUCUUAGUCAUGCAGGGAUACAUAUAUUAUUCCAGAGGACCUGAAUAUCUCGUGUAUUAUGUGUUAGCAGCGUACAUCGGUCUGCUAAUGUUUCAUAUGGAUAUGCAAUAUGUAAAUUGCGCUUGUGUAUUAAAGGCCUGUUUCAAAAGAAUUAAUGACAAUUUGAUGCACUUGCAAAAUGUCGUGGUAAAUAAUGAACCAUAUGCCCCGAAUUUGAUCUGCGACACGCAGAAGAAUCAAUUUUUGCUGAUAGAACUCAAGACAUUGAAAAAGCAGCAUUUAAUAGUGAGCAAUACAAUGCAAAUGCUGAACGUAAUCUUCAGUCUACAGCUUCUUGUUACUAUAGCCUUGACCUUUACUGAUAUCACUUUUGAUGUGUAUCGUCAUUUUGGGUCUGCGAAACCGGAAAGAAUCAAGCAUUUGAGAUCGGCACCACUGUUCAUGACGUAUUUAACUGCACCAGCGAUGAGCAAAUCAAAGAAGAGGUAG